AUGUGCUCCGAGGGGAGUUCUGCUCUGCGGUUGAAGAUGUUUUAUAAAGGCAUAACUCGUGUUACCUGCAACCAUGUUUUCUCCGUUAUUCCAAGCAAUGACACCACUAACAGCAGACAGAAGACACCUUUCUACCAUCACAUCAGCCUUAAAGUCAAUAACAUUGACUAUGACAGCAAGUUUGAAAAAAUGGAUUCACAAGAAUAUAUGGAGUUAAACAAAAAAAUAUUGUCUUUGAUAAAUGAAACAUUUCACGGAUCCAAACUGAGAAGACAGUAUGUCAAAUCUCAUGUUGUCCAAGUAAGCCAAGCCCAAGGGAAAGUGAUAAUACAUGCUGUGCUGAAGUUUAAAUCGUGUUUUAAAAAUACAGCAGGAAAAUUUCAGGAUAGGAUUGAAACCAUUUUAUAUCAGAAGCUGAAGGGCAAAACUGGGUCUUUAUGUGUAGAUUCUCCUUUUAUAUUUUCAGAUAUCACAACACUGACAGCAGAAAAUCUUCUCAAUGCUUGCUAUGGACAAGGAACAAUAACUCCUUCUGGCAACAAGAUAGCAGGGGGCAUGGAUGCCCAGGAAGGGGAAUGGCCUGGGCAAGCUAGCAUGCAACAGAACAGUGUGCACGGGUGUGGAGCCAUUCUGAUUAGUAACAGCGGGCUCGUCACUCCUGCUCGCCGCCUCAUAAAAGCAUUGAAAGAAAAAGAAUGGAAUGUUAGUUUUGGGCUCCUCUUAAGUGAUCCACAAACACAGCGAAGUAUCAAGGAUAUUACAAUUCAUGAAAACUACCAUUACCCUACACACGAUAAUGACAUUGCUGUUGUGCAUCUGUCCUCACCAGUAUUACAUACAAGCAACAUCCGAAGAGCAUGUCUUCCAGAAGCUACUCGCACAUUCCCACCCAAGUCAGAUGUGGUGGUCACUGGAUGGGGAACACUGAAGUCUGAUGGAACAAAUCCUAAUAUACUCCAGAAAGGAUUAGUGAAGAUUAUAGAUAAUAAAACCUGCAACAGUGAAGAGGUAUAUGGUCAUGUGAUCACACCAGGAAUGUUGCAUGUGGGGUUCCUGAAGGGAAAUGUGGAUGCCUGCCAGGGUGACUCCAGCGGACCUCUGGUUGGUACAGAUUAGAAAGGCACUUGCCUUGCUGGCACUGUAAGCUGGGGAGAUGAAUGAGCUCUCCCAAACAAACCUGGUGUCUACACUCAAGUAACACACUAUCAAGACUGGAUCUUGUCCAAAACUGGUCUCUAG